UCAAAGGUUCUAGGAGCUUUUUUGAGGGGGAAUGUAUUCUGUAUUUCCUGAGAGGUAAUGUAGUCAUUCUCGUCCAACCAAGUGUACAAGCAACCACCCGGAUUGCUGAGAUAGUCAUGCUCAGUUUUGUGUGGCGUGCACACAACGUUUUGGAGCCAUGUAUGGUGGACCAAAAAGAGGGCCGCUCUGUCUCAGGUAUCUUCAUGACCAAGAUGGCCACCGGGGACAACAACGAAACCAGCCAAACUAAUUUCAGCAACUUCUACUGUCACUUUCAAGAAGAUUACAAAUACAUUCUCCUGCCCGUCAGCUAUUCCAUGGUCUUCGUAAUCGGCUUGACGCUGAACGCCAUUGUGUUGUAUGUGAUGCUGUUCCGCACCAAGCGCUGGAAGCCCUCCACUAUCUACAUGUUCAACCUGACCAUGUGUGACACCCUGUACGUCCUCACGCUGCCCUUCCUCAUCUACUACUUCGCGGUUAAGAACAACUGGCCUUUCAACGAGCCGCUAUGCAAGAUCAUACGCUUCCUGUUUUACACCAACCUGUAUGGUUCAAUCAUGUUCCUGUGCUGCAUCAGUCUGCAUCGAUUCAUCGGCAUCUGCUAUCCAGUCCGCUCCCUCUCCUGGGUCAACGCUCGUCGUGCCAAGCUGGUCUCUGUGGCAGUGUGGGCCUGUGUUUUACUCUGCCAGGCACCUAUUCUUUACUUCUCAAGAACUAGCAAAAGCAAGAACAAGUGGAUCUGCUACGACACAACCAGCCCAGAGCUCUUUGAUGACUUCCUGUUGUUCAGCUCAGCCGUGUCGGUGCUCAUGUUCGUCCUGCCCUUCAUGGUGGUGAUGGUGUGCUAUGGCCUCAUGGUGCGGAAGCUUCUGCAGCCUGGCUGGGCGUCUGAAGGGGGCGAGAGGGCCGGCCUGUCAGCCCGACGGUUGAAGCAGAAGUCCGUGAAGAUGAUCAUCGUUGUGCUGGCAACGUUCAUGCUCUGCUUCCUUCCGUUCCACCUCACCCGGAGCCUCUACUACUCUUUCCGAUACCAGAGGCAGGCCGAUCCGUCACAGAUCAGCUGCAAGUUGCUUGAGGCCUUCAGCGUGGCCUACAUAGUGACCCGACCUUUGGCCAGCGCCAACAGCUGUGUGGACCCCAUACUUUACUUCCUGGCUGGGCAGGAAGUCCGCAGUAACCUCACCAGGAAGAUCAGGUCAUUUUCAUCGACACCAACAAGCGCGAACCAACGCAUGACAACUAAACUCUGAUUCAAUACCUGAAUCUACUUUGGUUUGGUUAAAAUGCAAAGGUUUGUGGGGAUGAAUGCUGGUUUCUGAUAUUAGAUGUGAAACAAAGACACUGCAUUUAGAUCUCCAUCUAUGACCAGUAUGAACAUAGCAUUUUCACAUAGGACCAAAUCAAAUGUGGACAACACAGUUACAAUGACUGAAAAAUCAUAUUGCACAUUAAGAAGUCCUCAGCUCACCAUUCUUUCAGCACUUCAGACAAAUGAUGAUAAACUUGACCCCUCUGUGGAAUGUAGGACUGAAUCUGCUGCAGCAGGGUUUUGUUGUGUG